GAUGUGGUGAAAUUGACAAUAGGAAAAGAUUCAAAUAUUUGUCAUCAAAUAUGCCGCUACUAAAAAGGCCGCAAAACCGGCUCCGUUCUUCUUGCCGCCAUAUUCACAAACUCUCUGUUGGCAUUUCUUUCUCCUUGAUUGAUCGAAACAAUACAUUUUAACACCAAACCAAAAUCGAAAACUCUAGUUUCUUCUCUCCUAGUCAACCAAUCAAAUUCCAUUUCUUACAACUUACAACUUUGUGCAGGAAGAGGUACAAUAUCAGGUAAUUGUUAGUGUGCAAGGAGAGAAAUGGCCAACCUUCAAGAUAUUGGUUACUCAGCUGCUGUUAAUCUUCUAUCUGCAAUUGCAUUUCUCAUUGCAUUUGCAAUUUUACGGCUUCAACCUAUUAAUGAUAGAGUUUAUUUCCCAAAAUGGUAUCUUAAAGGGAUUAGAGCUAGCCCAACACACUCUAGGGCAUUUGUAACUAAAUUUGUGAAUUUGGAUGCCAAAACAUAUAUCCGGUUUUUGAAUUGGAUGCCUGCAGCAUUGAGAAUGCCAGAACUUGAGCUUAUUGAUCACGCAGGACUUGACUCUGUAGUCUAUAUUCGGAUUUACCUUCUCGGCUUGAAGAUUUUUGUCCCUAUAACUGUACUUGCUUUUGGGGUUUUGGUGCCUGUCAACUGGACUGGGGAGACUUUGGAGCAUAUCAAGGAUCUGACUUAUAGCGAUAUUGACAAAAUGUCAAUAUCGAAUAUUCCUCCUGGAUCCAAAAGGUUCUGGGCACAUGUUGUAAUGUCAUAUGUCUUCACAUUUUGGACAUUCUAUGUAAUCUACAAAGAGUACAAGAGAGUAGCUAUUAUGCGCUUGCAAUUUUUAGCAUCUGAAAGCCGUCGUCCUGACCAAUUUACAGUUCUUGUGAGGAAUGUUCCUCCAGAUCCUGAUGAAUCAAUCACUGAGCAUGUUGAACAUUUCUUUUGUGUAAAUCAUCCUGAUCAUUAUCUUUCUCAUCAGGUUGUAUAUAAUGCAAAUAAGCUUGCAAGCCUGGUUGCAAAGAAAAAGAGUUUGCAGAAUUGGUUGAUCUAUUACCAGAAUAAAUAUGAUAGAAAUCCUUCGGUGAAGCCUACUAAAAAGACAGGUGUUUGGGGUCUCUGGGGAACUAGAGUGGAUGCCAUUGACUACUAUACUUCUGAGAUUGGGAAGCUUAGUGAAGAAGAAGAAAAAGAAAGAGAAAGGGUUCUCAAUGAUCCUAAUGCUGUAGUUCCAGCAGCAUUUGUUUCUUUCAAAUCCCGAUGGGGAGCAGCUGUCUGUGCUCAAACUCAGCAAUCAAGUAACUCGACAAUUUGGUUGGCAGAAAGGGCUCCUGAGCCCCGUGAUGUUUAUUGGGAUAAUCUUGCAAUACCAUAUGUUGAACUCACUGUUCGAAGACUGCUUAUGGCAGUGGGUCUUUUUUUUCUAAUUUUCUUUUUCAUGAUACCUAUAGCACUUGUUCAGUCUUUAGCCAGCAUUGAGGGAAUUGAGAAGUUUCUUCCUUUCUUGAAACCUUUGAUUGAAAUGAAAUCUGUUAAGUCUUUAAUUCAAGGAAUUCUUCCAGGCCUUGCUCUGAAGAUAUUUCUUAUCGUACUCCCAAUUAUUCUUAUGAUCAUGUCCAAAAUAGAAGGAUUUACAUCACUGUCAUCUUUGGAUAGGCGAUCAGCUGCAAAGUAUCAUUUGUUUCUUCUUGUUAAUGUGUUUAUUGGCAGCAUUGUUACAGGAACAGCAAUGGACCAGCUUAAAGCUUUUCUUAAUGAGUCUGCAACAGAAAUUCCAAAAACCAUUGGUGUGUCAAUCCCGCUAAGAGCCACUUUCUUCAUUACUUUUAUAAUGGUGGAUGGCUGGGCUGCAAUUGCUGCAGAGAUCCUCAGAUUGGUACCAUUAGCACUGUUCCACUUGAAGAACACAUUUCUAGUUAAGACAGAGCAGGAUAGGGAUCAAGCAAUGGAUCCUGGUUGUGUGGAUUUUGCAACUUCUGAACCCCGGAUACAAUUUUAUUUCUUGCUAGGUCUUGUUUAUGCUGCUGUGACACCCUUGCUUCUUCCUUUCAUCAUUGUCUUCUUUGCUUUUUCCUAUAUGGUAUUUCGUCAUCAGAUUAUAAAUGUAUAUAACCAAAAAUAUGAGAGCGGAGCUGCCUUCUGGCCAGAUGUGCACCGCCGUUUGAUAAUUGGUUUAAUAAUAGCUCAACUUCUUUUGUUGGGACUGCUGAGCACAAAGGAUGCUGAGGAAUUAACACCUUUGCUUGUCGCACUCCCUAUUCUCACAAUUUGGUUCCACAUAUUCUGCAAGGGGCGUUUUGAAUCUGCAUUUGUAAAAUUCCCAUUACAGGAUGCAAUGGUGAGGGAUACACUUGAACGAGCCACAGAUCCAACCCUAAAUUUGAGAAUUUAUCUUCAUGAUGCAUACGUACACCCAGUUUUCAAGGGUGGUGAAUGGGACAGACCUUGUAUCAUUAAUGAAGAGGAAAACAGUCCACUUGUUGCAACAACAAGGACUUCUCAGAAGAAUAGUAAAUACAAUUCUGAUGUCAGUUCUGGAGCUGGUUCAUAGCAGCAAUAAAAAUAAUCUCAUAGUUACUGAUUUUUAAUGUGCUUUUUGAUUCCACUACAUUUAUGUAUAUCCAACAUGAUCCUUAUUCUAUUUAUAAUUAUUAUUUUUUAACUAA